GGAAGUGGUGUGAUGGCAGGGAUAGGGUGGGCGGACAGAGUGUGGGGUACCGGCUGCGAUGGAGGGGCUCUGAGAAGAAGCUGAGGAUCCCCCCGGUCACCGGUAGCAGACACGCGGCUCUGCCAUGAAGGUGAAAUUGAAGAACGUUUUUGUCGUCUACUUCCUGGUUUCUCUCAUUGGCCUGAUGUACGCACUGCUCCAGCUGGGGCAACCCUGCGACUGCACCCACCAUCUAAAGUCGGCCAGUGACCUCAUCCAUGCCAAGGAGAAAAAGCUCUCCCAGUUGCAGAAUGAACUGAAGAGGCUGCAGGGACGAGAAAAAGCACCAGAGCCAGCAGCACCAGCACUGCCCAUCAUCUACGUCAUCACACCCACCUAUGCUAGGCUGGUGCAGAAGGCAGAGUUAGUACGCCUAUCCCAGACCUUGAUGCACGUGAAGAACCUCCACUGGAUCGUAGUGGAGGACUCACCAGCGAAGACCCAGCUGGUCUCGGAGCUGUUGGCCCAGAGCAAUCUGCGCUUCACGCACCUCCACACCGAGACCCCCAAGGAAUACAAGCGCAAGGAGACUGACCCCAUCUGGCUGAAACCGCGGGGGGUGGAGCAGCGCAACUUGGCCCUGCAGUGGCUGAGGGAGAACCGCGAGCUCAGCGAUGAAGGGGUGGUGUAUUUUGCUGAUGAUGACAACACUUACAGCCUUCGCCUCUUCGAUGAAAUCCGCUCCACCAAGCGCGUUUCUGUGUGGCCCGUCGGCCUGGUGGGAGGCCUUCGUUUUGAACGACCCCUCGUCGAGGGGGGCAAAGUCGUGGGAUUCUACACUGCCUGGAAGCCCAACCGGCCCUUCCCCAUGGACAUGGCUGGCUUUGCCGUGGCCCUCCAGCUGCUGCUGGCCAAUCGGGAGGCUCGCUUUGACUUGCUGGCUGAGCGUGGCUACCUGGAGAGCAACCUGCUGCAUUCGCUGGUGUCGAUUGAGGAGCUGGAGCCCAAAGCAGACAACUGCACCAAGGUGCUCGUUUGGCACACCCGGACAGAGAAGCCCAAGUUGAAACAAGAGGAGCUGCUUCAGAAGCAGGGCCUGGGCUCCGAUCCCAACAUCGAGAUCUGAUCAGGUCCCCACUCAGUUGCAGCGAUGGAGCCGGCACCACUGUCGGGUGCAGGGUAGCAGAAAGGUUAGACCCUGCAGAACUUGAUGGACCACGGAUGCUGGGACUCUUCCCCCUGCCCCAUUCGUCCAUGGAGACGAUACACUGGAACUUUUUUUAUUUAUUGAGGAUGGCUUACCCCUCCUCCCACCCGCAACAGCAGGGCACAAGCUCUGCUUCCAGUAAGAAGAGACCUUUCAUAAAACACCGCAACCCCUUCGCUGGGGGAACUUCUCCAUUUCAGCCCUCCCCUCCUUGAUGCAUUUCUUCCUUGAAUGCUGCUUUCUGCUAGGAAAAGAACCCUAAUCCUCUCCAUCUCCUAAAAAUUGGCUCCUGCUACCCAGAAAUCUCCCUGCUUUGCUUCAAAACAGAUCCCCACUGCCCAGUAUUGUGCUUUUGACUUUAUUACUCUGAGUGCCGUCUCCUAGAACAGUUCUGGAGUUUUCCAUUUCUCUGAUGCCCAGGAGCCUGGCCUUGACCUGCAGUCAGGAUAGCCAAGGCUACAAGGGGUGGUGGAAGCAGAACCGAGAACCAUCGAAAGCAGCAAAAAAAAAAAAAAAGGGACUCCUACCUUCUCCUUUGCUGAUCCGCCUCCAGGUCAUGGUAUCCUCUUUUCUCCAUAUGAAGGAAAGUGGCCCUCACCAAGCUGAGGGUCCAAUCAUGGGGAGGGGCUGGUUCCUGUUCCCCCGUGCUACGAGUAUUUGUGUCACUCCUGCCCCAGUCGCAUGUAGCAGGGUGCGGGUUACAGCAACAUGCAUGUGAAAUACUCAUUAAACAUAUAAAACCCCGUG